UGAACUGUCAAUAGACUAUCGAUAGUCGCCAAUACUAUAGCGCGGCAUCACUAAAUAAAUAGGAGGUGAGGUUAGGUUGAGUGUAGGUUGCAUUCAAUUUGUUGAGCGAAGUUUGAUAUGAGUUUGUUGAGGUUAUCUUUGGCUUGCACAGCAGCGGUACUACGUCGGGUUGUUAAUUUAUUGAAAAUUAAUUUAUUUUAAUGAAUAGUCUAAGAAAAUUAUUGUUUACAAAAAUACACAAACCACCGUUCUGUUUAUAUUCUACGCACGGGAACGUUCCUGCCCAGCAAAUAGACAUGUCACUUAGAACAGCAAAGAACAUGGCAAAACGGAUAGUUUGGGUCGAUUUAGAAAUGACAGGACUGAAUGUGGAGACCGACCGUAUAUUGGAGAUUGCCUGUUUGGUGACUGAUGCCGACUUAAACAUUGUAGCCACUGGACCCAAUCUUGUAAUUCAUCAGCCGAACAGUGUUUUGGAAAAUAUGAAUCAGUGGUGCAUCAACCAGCACGGUGAGAGUGGGUUAACAGAGGCCAGUCGCAAUUCCAAGAUAACACUUGAAGAAGCUGAAAACCAAAUACUUAGCUUUGUCCAACAGCAUGUACCAGAAAAACGGUGUCCAAUCGGUGGCAACAGCAUUUACAUGGACCGACUGUUCCUAAGAAAGUACAUGCCUAAAUUUAAUGACUAUUUACACUACAGAGUUAUAGAUGUCAGCACUGUAAAGGAACUAGCCAAACGUUGGUAUCAGAAAGAUUUCUCAUCAAUACCACAAAAGUCGUUCAAGCAUAGAACCAUUGACGACAUACAUGACAGUAUUAAAGAGCUUAAAUAUUAUAAAGAACAUAUUUUCAAAUCCAAUCCGAAUUAAUUCUUGAUCAAUCCUCCAUUUAUAAAUAAGUUAAGUAACCUUACUUUUUAAAAUAUAUUUUUUAUCAAAUGUUGUAAAGUGAAAUACACUUUACAACAUUUGACAUUGACAGAAUGAAACAAAACAUAAUUAGUAGGUUUAACUUAUUUGUGAAUAAGAGUACCAGGAACCCUGUUAUUAAUAAAAAAGUUAUAAGGCAUACUUUAAGCUUAGGUAAGUUUGGUCACUGUUGCACUUUACAAUAUUUGUCAUUGACAGAAUCUUGUUUUUAUGAAUAACAGGGUAAGUUUUAAAUGAUAUUAGAACAAUUUUUAGUUUAUCUAGUAGAUCGUACUUUUUUGUUGAUGAAUGUUAUGGAAGAAUUUUAGCCGAAAAAGGCCGGUGCUCGCCGAAUGCGCGUGCGCAAUGCAGCAUGAUUGUAUGAAAUCAAACUGAUGUGUGCAUGAGGAUACUGCAUGUGUGCAACGGGUUUUAUUACGUCUAGGUUGUGUUUUGUUGUACAGUCAACAGUACAUCAACAGUCUAUCCAUAUCCAUUGCAAACUCGUCUUUAUUACCGCGCCAUAGAGGUUCAUGCAGGGUAACUUGUUGUGCUGCUGACUACAUAGUUUUUAUUUUCUUAUCUGACCAAUAGCCUGUUUCAACACUUUCUGACAAAUAUAGUAUUGUAAUCUGACAGAUAAAAUUAACUGCUAGUAUCGCUAAUCCCCUCUGGCAAAUUUCUUGGAUAGCCAAGACUUUUGAAACACAAUUUUCAAUGCUAUCUAUUUGAUAUGUUCUGAUAGACUACUAUCAAAUACUUUAUAUAUUUUACGAGCAAGCGGUGAAACAGGUCCUUAAUGUAUAUUGUGUGGUAAUCAUGUUCCUGACUUUGCAAUAUGACUUAUCAUAGAUUUAAAUAGAUAAAAGAAUGUGCACAAAUAAUUUAUAUUAUUUGUGCCCUUUGCAUGUUGUGUAAUGUACUUAAAUGCGCUGGCGCACAGCACACCACAUUCCCCAUAAACAUAUUUAUUAUAAGUAACAUUGAGAUAGUGAAAGAUUUUUUGAUUUGUUAGAAUCAUGUGUCAAUCAUUAUACAUUUCACCAGAAAAUAGAUAUCGAAUAGUUGUUGGCAGAUAGCGGGUGUUGUAAGGACCUAUAAAGAAUGAGAAAUGUAUGAAUUGUAGAUAUGCCGUUAUUCAUAAUAAAGUUAAAGCGUACUUAAUGUAUGUUUUGUCUCUUUCUGUUUAUGUCAAAUGUAGUGUUUGUAGACAAAACGUACUUUAGCUUAAAAAACAUGCUUUAACAUUUUUAUGAAUAAGCUAUACCCUUGAAUAUUGAUGACUAAUGUAUUAAUCAUCAUCACCCACCUAUCCUUAACCUAGUUUAUGUGGAUAAUGUAUUAGUAUUUUGGAUAUGUUAUGUCAUACAUUUGUUUACCUUUGAAUAAAGGCAUAAUAAUCAUC